UUAUAUAUGGAAAAACAUUGUCUAUUGUCUGUCAACUACUAAUUAACCUAAAAAUUGGUUUCUAAUUUUCUAUUUCUAUUACCUAUAUAAAACAAAUAACAACGAAAUGCAAUGGAGCAAAUAUUUCAAGAAACUGAAUUGAAGCCACCCAAAAAGCUAUCACCUUUUGGUAAAACUUUAAUAUAUGUUACGGGUGGUUUAGCCGCUGGUGUUAGCAUUGUUUGUAUCCCAUUUGUAUCGCCUGCCUUGAGGAAAAUUUGUUUACCUUAUGUGCCUGCUACUACUGAACAAUUAGCUGGAGUUACUAAAGCUUUAUCGGGUCGAAGCGGCAGGUUAUUAGACGUAGGCUCAGGAGAUGGUAGGAUUGUUUUUACAGCUGCGAAAUUGGGCUUCAAAGCUGAAGGGGUUGAACUUAAUCCAUGGUUAGUAUACUAUUCAAGAAUAGCAGCUCUAUUAACUCCUCAAUAUCGUGAUACUAAGUUUUAUAGGAGAAACUUGUGGAAAUUUGACUUGAAGCCUUAUGAGAACAUAGUCAUAUUUGGAGUUGAACAGAUGAUGAAUGAAUUUGAAAAGAAAUUGCUUAAAGAGACAAGCAGUGGAACAGUGGUGGUUGCAUGUAGAUUUCCUCUUCCCAAUAUGAUACCAAUAGAAACAAUAGGACAUGGAAUUGACACUGUAUGGAAAUAUGUAGUAAAAAGAUAGCAAGGUUAUCAUUUUGUAAAAAUAAUUUAAUCUUAGUAAUAAUAGUAGUUACAUAUUGUACACACAAAA